AUGGCGCUGGAUAUUGGAGGGUUCGGCAGACAAGCUCGUGCCUUUGAAUACACACUGGCACACAGAGGCGGAGGCACAGACUGGCGGAUGGACAGAAGUCACCCUCGAUCAAGCCUCCAGGAGACCCUUCGGCGGCGGGGCCCAAGAGCGGCACCCAACAGCCCGAGAGUGCCCGAGAGUGCCACGUCCUCCGGUACAGAUUCCCACGGCAAACGGGCGGACGUGAUGGGCGGCCCUUUGAGAGUCUCGCCGCGGAUUAGAGAGACGCAAUCAGACGCCGGGAGUGACAAUCUUCUCGCGGGGAAAAAGAUGCGUCGUCUGCGCCCCCAUCGUGCCCCAGUGAUUGCCCGGAGUUGCAUCGCCGUGACAUGCAACUGCAACAGCGUCGUCUGCGCCCCCAUCGUGCCCAGUGAUUGCCCGGUCGGAACCACGAAGGACAUGUGCAAGUGUUGCUCCGUGUGUGCUGGGGACCUGGGGGAGGACUGCGGAGGCCCCUGGGGAAUCUACGGUGAUUGUGGCACCGGUCUCGAGUGCCACCAGGAGACGUGCCCGGAGGAUAAGGAGGAUUCUGAGUGCUUCCUGUAUUAUCUCACCGAACCGGGCAAGUGUCAGGAGAAGCGGCGCCGUUCGCUCCUCGACCUACUUGGAGGCGAAGGGAGCAAGGGCCUCCAGGAAAUCCGUGAGCGUCGCCGUCUGCGCCUCCUUCAUGAGCUGGAGAAUCUCAGGAGGAAAUGAAAGACGUGUUGUGGUCUUGCUGUGGGAGAGAGAGAGAGAGAAAAAGUCGGG